AUGCUUUUUUAUCGACUAAGAGAAUUGUUUUUUGGUUCUGAACAAUUAGUUCAUGAUAAAUCUAUAGAUGAGCUUACAUACAAACCACCAAUUGAAGAAGAAGAAGAAAAUACGGACGAUGGAGUUGGUGAAGAAGUCACAUUGAUUUGGUAUGACGAAAACACAGACGAUGUAGAACAAGUAGAAGUUGAGCGAACAAAACAAUCGCUUCAGGAAAUAAACAAUUAUUUUCAGUUUUUCAACGAGAAAUCUUCAUUUAUCGAAUAUAUUCAAGCAAAAGUAACAGAAAAAAUAAUUGCAGUUAUCAGUAGCCCUUCUGCUAACUAUAUUGUCGAUCAAAUUCAUUCUUUAUCUCAGAUUGAUUCCAUAUUUUUGUUACAUUUACCGAGCGAAAAUGUCAUCGAGUGGGCCGAUCGGUACACGAAGGUGAUAGGCCAUUACUGUGACAAACAAAAAAUGUUAGCACAGAUUACGGACAAUGUGAAAAUGAUAUUGAAACAAACGGCAGCAUUUUCAUUGUAUGACCAAAAGCAAAAGUCAACAAGGGAUUUGACAAGUGAAUCGGGCUCAUUUUUGUUCUUUCAACUGUUCAAAGAUGUUCUUUUGAACAUGGAAACGGGCGAGACAGCAAAGAAGGAAAUGAUAACUAAAUGUAGCGGAUACUACCGUAACAAUCGAAAAGAAAUGGAUAACAUUGAGCUAUUUCAGACGACAUAUAAAGCAGUCGAAGCCAUCGAAUGGUACACAAAAGAAUCAUUUGUCUACCGUUUAGUUAAUAAAGCACUCAGAACCGAAGAUAUCGUAGCAUUGUAUUCGUUUCGGUUCUAUGUUGUCGAUCUUUGCCGACGUUUGUGUCUGAAACACAAAGAGUUGAUUGAAAGGCAAGAAAAACUGGGGCAACCCGUUCUGAAACUCUAUCGAGGUUUGCAACUGGCAUUGGAAGAAUUAAAAUCAAUGCAAUGUGGUGUCGGUAGUUUGAUAUCGCAGAAUGGGUUCUUGUCAACCAGUAGAUCUAAGAAGGUCGCGGAGGGAUUUGCGAAGGCGCCGACAACGAGAACGAAUGUUAUCCCAUCUCUAUUUGAAAUAAGUGCAGAUGUAAGCAGUUUGAAAACAAUUGUUCUCGCCGAUAUUGCUGAAUAUAGUGCAUUCCCGAACGAAGAAGAAGUGUUAUUCGAUUUAGGUGCAGCAUAUAAAAUCGAGAGCGUCACCUUUGACGAAAAGUCUCAGAUGUGGGUGAUUCGAACAAUCGCGUCAGAUGAAGGUGCCCAAUUAGCUCAAGAAUACAUGGAAUACCAGAAGAAGAAAGUGUCUAUAUCGAACAUUACAAUGAUGUUCGGUCAUCUGCUAUUGGAUAUGGGCGAAUACAUUAAAUCACAAAAAUAUUUUGAGAACAUCCUUCAAUCAAAUCCGAAUGACGAGGAUGUUGCUUGCAUUUAUUAUAAUAUCGGCCGCGCACAUCGUUUGAAAUGCGAAUACGAUUAUUCACUCGAGAAUUAUGUGAAAGCCUACACGAUACAUAUAAGAGCGAGGCCGCAACGAUUGGUCAGCGCUGCAAAAGCACUCAACGGAAUCGGAAUUGUUCAUCAUGAACAGGGUAAUUAUGAACAGGCAUUGAAAUUUUUUUCUAACGCUUUGAAAAUAUAUCGUAAACAGUUAUCGAAAAAUCAUACUGAUAUCGGUGGAACAUUGACGAAUUUAGCCAAUGUUUAUCGUCAGCAAAAUGAUUUUUCGCAAGCUCUUGAAACUCUGGAAGAAGCGCUGAAAAUCAAUUAUCAAUCACUGCCAUCGGAUCAUCCGGCAAUUGCUGCUACUCUCAACAAUAUGGGGAAUUGUUAUUUUGAACUGGGAGAUUAUGCAAAAGCAUUGGAUCAUUAUCGACGUGCGCUGUGUAUAAAAGAAAAACCUGCUUAUUCAAAUAUGACGCACAUACCUAUUCUUGGCUAG